GCGCGCGUGUGUCGGUCGCCUCCUCUAUUUGCGUAGCGGAGGCUCCACCUCAAGCAUUGCAGUGACCUCAGCAGUGGGCUGAAUUGAGCUGGGUGGGAUUUUCAGGCUCGUAUUCCCGAUCGCGUAUUCUAGGCACGAUUUAACGGUGUAUGUGACGGAGCGAAUAAGCGUUUAGCCGGCUCGCGCUGAACGGUGCAGGAUUUGUGUUUGUGUUUGCGUGCAUCUGACGAUAGGGAUCAAAUAAACGAGGAAUGUGGGAUUUACAGAAUGCCCAACAGCGUUGGAAAAAGAUUUAAACCCACCAAAUACAUCCCGGUGUCCACUGCCGCCACUCUUCUGGUGGGAUCCACUACUUUAUUCUUCGUUUUCACGUGCCCGUGGUUAACCAAGGCCAUCUCCCCUCUUGUGCCUCUAUACAAUGGCAUCAUCUUCCUCUUUGUGUUGGCUAACUUCAGCAUGGCCACCUUCAUGGACCCUGGAGUCUUUCCCAGAGCGGAUGAGGACGAAGACAAAGACGAUGAUUUCCGAGCUCCGCUUUAUAAAAACGUGGAGAUAAAGGGAAUUCAGGUGCGGAUGAAGUGGUGUGCCACGUGCCACUUCUACAGACCUCCGCGCUGCUCACACUGCAGCGUGUGUGACAACUGUGUGGAGGACUUUGACCACCACUGCCCAUGGGUGAACAACUGCAUUGGUCGGAGGAAUUAUCGCUAUUUCUUCUUGUUCCUGCUGUCUCUAAGUGCUCACAUGGUGGGCGUAUUUUCCUUUGGCCUGCUGUUCGUGUUACACCACCUUGAGACUCUGAGUGCACUCCACACAACUGUGACUCUUGUGGUUAUGUGUGUGACUGGCCUGUUCUUCAUCCCUGUUAUGGGCCUCACUGGGUUUCACAUGGUUCUUGUAGUCAGAGGACGGACCACAAACGAACAGGUGACAGGAAAGUUCAGAGGAGGAGUGAAUCCAUUCACUCGGGGUUGCUGUGGCAACGUGAAACACGUCUUAUGCAGUCCGCUUGCUCCUAGGUAUAUCGCUGAUCCCAGGAAGAAAAUUCCUAUCGCUUUGAAACCACCAUUCCUCCGCCCUGACCUCUCUAACCGACACGUCACUGUAAAAGUCAGUGAUAAUGGUAUCCAUAGUAACAUCCUACGAAGCAAAUCUAAGACUAGUCUGGAUGGUGUGGAUGAUAAAAGUAUAGAUAAACAGCCACCUCUGCCACCAAAAGCAGAUCGCUACAACCAGCUCAAGAGUCAACUGACCUCCAGCGAAGGCAAUUCCCUGUCCAGCAAACCCACCAACCCAUCCACCCCAGCCAUGUACAAAUACCGACCUUCCUUCGGCACCAUUCCUAAAGUGCACUAUCACGCAACCGGAGAGAAGAUUGUAAUGUCCGAGAAUGGUAAGCCCUCUGCAGUUUUGGAGGAGCGAGGUCACGACUACCGUUCAGAGCCAAAUCUGGACCUGCCAGACUACCGAAGCACUCCUCUCCACCGAACGUACCAGUCUUCCCCUUUCCAGCUGGACUCUUUCAGCACGACGUCUCGCUCCUUCAGCCUCAAACAGGGAGUGAACAGGGCCGACCGUGUGCCACUGGGUGGCAGCAAACCAGAAACGGUCACUUCCACCCCUCACAAAGGAGUCUUCUCUCCUGGGACGUUAUCUGGCCGCAAUGGCAGCCUGUCCUACGAUAGCUUGCUAACCCCCAGCUUAACACCAUCUCUGGGCGAAUGUGCUGCCCACCCGGGAGUGCCCUCUAUGGGUUUUCAUUCACCCUACUUGCCCUCUAAAAUGUGCCACGUGCGAGGGCCUGAGCUUCAACGACACGCCGGUCCCCCGUCCUACAGCCCUGUGCACGUAGGAGCGAUGUACGGGCGGCAGUCACCCCACCCGAGAGAUCGAGACCGAGAUCCCUCACCAGUCCGCUACGACAACCUCUCCAAAACCAUCAUGGCCUCCAUCCAGGAGAGGAAGGAGUUUGAGGAGAGGGAGAAACUCAUGCUUCGGCACGCUCAAGCGCCGGUGGCCUACGCCAACGAUUCAGGUGUGUUUGACACCUGCAGUGGAGCCGCCUAUGGACUCCCACCUGGGACGUGUUACCCUGACAGUCCUAGAGGCCCCGGACCCCGAGAGCCCACCCCUCCUGUGUGCAGCUCUCGGGACACCUUGAUGGGAUACGCUCCCCGAACCCCUGUUCUGCGUUCCUCUGCAUCCUCGCUCACCAGAGCACCGAGGACUUCAACUACGUCCCUCCACACAGAUGGAGGCAGUGCAAGCAGGACAGCCGAACACCAAUAUCGCUCUCCGGUGCACCAUUCGCAUCACUCUCCGACAGCUGUGCCCCGUUCCCCAUUAUACGCACAUCAGAAGGUCGCCUUCAUUAACGCCCUGGAGAGGGCGGACUCACCACGUCUGGGUACAAGAGAGGACCUCGGUCCAGGUAAAGUCAACGGGCAACUAAAGGGCCAAGCACGUGACUGCCAUCUAGGGACUCCUUCUGGAACUCCCAGCAGACACACCAAUGUCAAAAAGGUCACAGGAGUGGGUGGAACUACAUAUGAGAUUUCUGUUUGACGGACAGCUUGAGAGCCACUGCCUGUGAGGAAAAGCACUGCCAUGGCAACACCACCUCCACUUGUGCUCAAGAGAACAAGUUUCUCUUUCUUUUCGCAGUUUUAUGAAAUUAUACUCACCGAUCAGGAGACGCGCACUCGCGCAGUAUCUGGGGCAGGUCUUUUGGGAGAAGAUUUUUCAUUGGCCUUUUCUUUGUUAAAGAGACUUUCCAUGUGUAAAAUUUAACAGGAGCCGCUUAAUCGAAAGAGCCUUGUAUGUUUUUUUAAAGUGUCAGCCGUCAGAAGAUAUAAAUCGCACACACAACUGAAAAUACUGGCUUCAAUCGCUUCAAAUGGAAUAAAAAAAAAGUCUAUAUACCAUUAAGGGCUGAAUAUGUACAAUGUCAGUUCAGUUGUUUGUAUAUAAAAGGUCAAAGGUCACUUAUUGAAUGCAAAUGUGCUCAGUAUGCUGAUCUUUCACACACUUGAAUGUGAGUGUAUAUGUACAUGCACAUGCCAGUAACUCCAUUACUACUAUAUUUUUGUCAUUAUACUGAUCUAAUAAUCAGGGUUUCAUCUCAAAUGCAUUUCUCUGUUAAAAAGAUAGUUUACCUAAAAAUGAAAACCAAUGUUCUUUAAAAUAUCUCAAAGAAACUCAUAGAGAUUUAAAACAACAUGAUGGUGAGUCAAUGAUGACAGAAUUUCAUUUUUGGGUGAACUAUCCCUUUAAGCUAUCAGGUUCAAACAAACCAUAACAGCACUUGGGUACUUUAAAAACCUACAAUGAAGUUUUAUUUUUCAAAUAUGGUGGUCAUUUACACUUUUUACUAAUGUAAAACUAUAAGCUGCCAUAGAAAUAAACAUACACUUGUAUAUGUAAUAUAAAAAAAAAAAAUUUAAAGUUUCAAAUGGUGGAUACUGGGCAUUAUCGCCAGUGUUAAAACUUUCUUUCAAACUUUGUUUUUCUUUAUAAAAAGUAUUUUGUAGUGGCAGAGAUAUGAAUAUGUUAACAGAAACACACCACUGUGUAUUAGCAGUACAGGCCACAUGUUAAAGCCAUAUUCUAACGUUUUACAGUAAUGAUCUUCAUCUUUUAACAUACAUUUGAAAAAUACUCCUUCCUUUGUUACAUAAAGGACUUAAGGAGUUGAAGACUGAAAGCAAGAUCUGCAAUAUCCAAGUUUUUUAUUGCUUUACCAUUUCCCUUUACCUGAAAUAGAUUAGAAAAACAUGAUGAUUCAUGGCUACAUCCCAAAUAUUUUUCCAUUUCUUUUAUUUUUAUAACGUUUGUGUUUUUUUUAAACCCAACUUUCAAUGGUUUGGUAUAUUUCACUUUUUAUACAGAUAUUCAAAGGGGUGUUUGUAUUUUUGGAGUGGAUUUUUCUUCUUUUUCUGCAUAUUUUAUAAUUUAUUUGUACAAAUUAGUUAGUACGCAUUGCCAUUUUGAUUAGUUGAAAGUAGCACUUUCUGUUAAGAUUUUUUUUUCUUCAAUGAACGAAUGUUAUUAUAGGAUGUCUUAGGAAAGGAUCUUCAGGAAAGUUACACGUGUAGUAAAGAUGCUUGUUUCUGAAUGCUGGAUCCAUUUGAGAGAGUUAAGAAAAAAAACUGUCAUAACGACAUAUGACACAUGGUCUUUAUACCCUGUCGUUCAAAAGUUUAGGGUCAGUAGUU